AUGAAUAUUUUGAUUACAUCCGCUUACAUACACGAAACACAUUGUAUUGUAUUUAAGAGUCAUUACACUAGACAGAUCUCCAAUUUAGACAGUAAACAACCACAAAUCAAACGAUCCAUUUUUCAAAAAUUAUUUGAUUUAUCUAUGUUAAAAACAUCGAAUAUAUCUUAUUUGAAGUUUCUUGGAGCAAAUGGUUCACCUUAA